AUCAUGGGGAUGUGCUCGUGAGAUGGGCCGACGAGAUAGGAGGUGUUGUUAGAACGAGAGGGGCAUUUUGGCACCCGGAUAUUGUAGGUUACAUUAUACCAGAAGAACCAUGUAGUCACCGAUCCUCCCUCUUCGACAGCUUAUUAUCUCGGACCCUCUUGCCCUCUCUCAUGUGCUGGUCAAGAGGACAUACAUUUAUACCAAAUCGCCUGUGUUUCGCACCCUAAUUGAACGCCUUGGGGGCAGGAGCAUCAUCUGGGCGGAAGGGGAUGACCAUCGGAAAAUGAAACUCGCAUUUGCACCUUGUUUUUCCACGCAACGAGUCCGCAGAAUGGAGAACAUAGUCAUGGAGACAGCUCAUAAGCUGACAGGCGUGCUCCGUGAUCAUAUAACUCCGGAUCACGGUUCAGGUGGCGAGGCGUCUUGCCCGACUAUACUAAAUAUCAUAGAUUGGAAUACGAGAGCGACGUUGGACAUCAUAGGCCGUGUGGCAUUUAAUUAUGACUUCCGUCUCGGUGAAUCCGAUGCGGCCAAAAGGAUUUGUCGCGCAUGGACUCAUCAAGUCAUGCUCGGGACGACCCUGGGCGGCUUUGUUGCACCGUUGGUUCUUCGUGCGCUUCCUUUCAUCUUAUCGCUUCCAUUUGGGUAUACAAAGGCGCAGGGAGACGUAAAACUUUGCGUCCAGGAAAUCGGAAAAGAUAUGGUAAAGAAGAGGAUAGCGGACUUAGGGGACAGCACUGUAGAUGAUGUUUUAUUUGGUUCCAUCGUUGUAGCAUGCCGUGGCAAAGAUGGACAAGUGUCAAUAGAUAGGGUCUUGGAUCAUAUCACAACCUUCAUCUUGGCGGGACAUGAAACAACAGCUCUAACACUGAGUCAUACAAUAUAUGCCCUGGCACAGCACCCAGCCGUGCAAAAUGAGCUGCGUGCGGAAUUGGAAUCCUUUGGCCAUGAGCCGACAUUCGACGAUUUUCAUGACAACAAGCAGCUCAAAAUGCUUGAUGCGGUUAUGAAGGAAGGCAUGCGAUUGUUUCCACCUGCGCCCCUGGGUGACCAAAUUGCUAUGGAAGAUGACAUCAUUCCUCUCGGUCGGCCAGUCCGUACCAAGGACGGUUCACAUAUCCACUCGAUACACAUACGUAAGGGACAGAUAAUAGCCAUCCCGCGCAUCGCCAUUAAUAUGCGUCGGAGCCUCUGGGGCCCAGAUGGGACGGAGUUUAUGCCUGCUCGAUGGCUUAAGAUGGCGAACGACGCGUAUCCUAAGGCAAUGAUGUCUGGAUGGAACAACCUCAGCACUUUCAGCGAAGGCGGACACAUGUGCCUCGGGUACCGUCUUGCCGUCUUCGAAUUCAAAGCGAUCCUAUAUGCGCUCGUGAAGACGUUCAAGUUUGAUCGCGUGGAUGGGAUCAAGAUACAGAACAAAAGAUCUACAGGAUUGCAUCCAACAGUUAUCGAGAAUUCAGGAGAAGCGAGUCACAUUACCAUGGACGAACCAUGGUUGCCUGUCAAAGUCUCGUUGGUGACUCCGCACUAGCCGUUUUGUGGGACAACUUUACUGGCUGUUAUGAGACAACAGCAUCCCAAUUGCCUGUGCGUACACACGGAAUAGAGGACAACUUCACUGUAUCCCUUUCUUGUAAAUGUACAUACUUGAGGCUUCUAAGCACUUUGUAGCAAAUGAAAUUCCUGGGUACAAGCUCGAGAAUCA